AUGCCUGAGGGAGAGUGGGCGUGUAGGCUAGAUGUCGACGUCACCCUCUACCUCGACUCCAACUGCUUCGAAAGGUAUGACACCUUGCUGCUCUUGGACGACGGGUGCUAUGCGAACCUCUACACCAACCUCACGAAGGCCUUUAAGCUCAAGAUCGUGGGCUUCUCGGGGGUGUCCAAGUACGACAUCUAUGACUACAUCGACGCGUGCCAUACGCAGUUCAGUCCGAAGAGGACCCUGUCCUCCGGCAAGUGCGAGCGCUUUGUGGGCGGCUACUUUGCGGUGAUCAAGAGCCGGUUGCGGUCCUCCACCUGCGUGGGCGAGAGCUGCUCUCGGUUGGCGGUCACCACUCAGAGGUUCUUCUCCGAGGCCGAGUGCCUGGGGCUCCCCUACCAGAUCUACACCUACCCGGUGCAGACGGAGUGCAUGAGAUGGAGCAAUGGCACUCAGACCUUCCGGGUGGACCCCACGACCACCAACGUCACGCAGGUGGACUACAUUAUGAACGACAAGUGCAACGGCGAUCAAAUGAGGACAUACAUCAUGAGCGUGGGCUGGUGCUACGAGUUGUAUGCCGACCGAGCGCCGCGCAGCUUCAAGUGGGAGGCACGCAUGCUCGGAGUUGCGGCACUGGUACCAUACGGGCUGACCGUGCUGAUCAACUUCAAGGGGAUCGCAAGUUGCGGAUGCAUCGCGGUAGUGCUAAUCCCCAUUCUGGCCCUAUUCUUCGGGUCUGGGGGCGCCAUAUCUGUGGGUCUUUGCGGCAAUCCUGUGGGGAUGUGCUGCAUUUGUCCCUGCUUCUUUGUGUGCGCUGGCGUGCUGGCGCUGGGGCUAGGGCUGAAUUCACCAGUGCUGAGGUACUGGGAGAUCGAGAGCUCCGAGCCCCUGCGGCACAUCAGCGUCUGCGACACGGCGCGCUGGCAGGACUCCACUGGUGCGAUCUACUUCUACGACGGCGCUUUGACGGAGCACGGCGAGAUGCCCCCAUCGAUUGCGAUCAACAUCAGCCAUUGUUGGGGCACGCGGAGAAAGAACAGCGUCACAACGCUGUGGAACGAUUGCUAUUUUUUGGUAAGGCCGGUUUUUCAAUGCGACUACUCUGGACCUCCAGGUCUUCAGAUGUCUGAUGACUGCGAGGAGCCGCAGGCAUGUGCUUGGGCCCUCACUUCGGGCGCAUCGCAGUACGGCCAGCUCCCCGAACCUCCGAAGGUCCCAGACUGCGGUGGGGGAAGAGGUUUGUGCGGAUUCACCACGCAUCUCCUGAAUCAUUACCCAGAGAUGACGCAGGUGGAAUCCAGCAUGGACACAUUUCGCGUUGAGUUGGAAGCGGCGGCUCGGCAGUAUUCGCUAAGUUCCCUCACGGCUGACAGCCCAUUCCUGAACUUGGUCAACCCGAAGGCGGAGGCCGAGAAACUUGCAACAUACGUGCCGAUUUACUACCUCCUCUUGUUCCUCUAUGUGCCCUUUGGUGCCGUUUGCGCCUUCUUGCUGCUCCUAUUCAAAGGAGGGGCGGACCAGCUCUCCGGGCUUUACCACCAACUCCUGGAACGGUAUCGAGAUGACGGUAGCAGUUCGGGCAACUGA